AUGGUAGCCCCCGACAUAAUGCAAAUCAACGACUGCGAUUGGCUGGUGAGUUGACUUUACUGUAGAGUUAAUUUUUGUUAUAAAAAUAUUUUGAAGACAAACUUUUAUUGACUAUAACAAGAUGUUUAAACAAAAAAUUUGGAGUUUUAAUUGUGACUUUAAAGCUACUUCACAUAAAGUGUAAAAUGGUAGUGAAAAAUUGUAAGAUUAUAGUAAAACAUAAAACAACUACAAUAAAAUUUUACAGUGCACUGAUCUACUAUAAUAUUUGAAUUAAAAAGUUAAAAUUUUGACAAAAGAUAUGAACAGUAAAAACAUGACAUAUAGACUGAAGAUCAAUAUUCUGUUUAUGGUGUAAAACAUAACAAAGUUGUCUUUGACGUAUUGAAAUGUGUUGACCAAAGAUUACUUUACUAUUAUCUUGUCUGUUGCGAGCGCAACAAAAUUAUUUCUUCUACUUUUAAAUAAAAAAAAGUUUUUGCAAAAAGUAGUUUUAACUUUUUAUAAUGAGCAUUUUUUAAAAAGAUUUUAAAAAAUUCCAAUUCUUUUGGUACAAUGUAUAAACACAUUGACCAGCUGGUAAUUUUGGAUUAAAUAAACCGGCAUCGACUCCUAUACCCCUUCUCUUAUCACCUUGAUCUGCUUAAAAACUUAGCCUACACACCAUAGAUUCAUGCUUUCUCCUCAAUUCUCAUGACAUCUCUUUCUACACCUCUGUUACUCAUACCUCUAAAUGUAGAAAUAAAAGUGAACAUGACAAUGAUCUGAGAUCAAUUUGUGUUUCCUACAUUGCAUCAGCCCUAGUAAUAAAGACUUUACAUCAAUGAAAUUAUUGAUGAAUUUGAUCCGACUAGAAUGCUCAUCUAUAAAUAUUGCGCUCUCUUCGGUUAUUAAUUCAGUUUACCUGACUUUCGAGACACGUGGUGGUUUCGGAAGUCAUCACAAGCUUAUACUUUUGGCUAUAACAAUAUUUUUGUUUUGAACUAUAUUUUUAAAUCAGUUUUAUUUGUAACAUUGUACUGAAGAGGCAAAAUGAGGACUGCUGUAAGUGUUUUGGCACUAUAGCCUUAUUUUAGUUAAGUACUGUGUUCAAAAGAUAUAGUACGCUUCCUACUGAAUCUUUUUUUAAAACAACUCUUCAAAGUACUGUAACGUUACUGUAUGUCUUCAGAUUUCACUUUCAAACCCAUUUUUCAUAGUAGAAUCAAAAAGUCUUUGUACAACAAUUAACGUCUUCUCGUUUAUAUUUUAAUCACUCAGCGACGAUAUUAUGUUAGAUGCGCGAUUCUUGCAAAUCGACACGUAUAGAUAAAAAUCGUCCAUCAUAAUAACUGUCGAUUAGGUUAGUAAAACCAAAUGACAUAAUCAAAUAUGACAUAGAAGAUUAAAAAAAAGAACAUAAAGAUUGUAAACAGAUUUACGUAUAACAUCAUUAGACCUAUAUUAACAUAGGGUCAAAUGUUAGUUUAAAUUGGUUUCUUUCUGCAAUAGUUUUAAGUUUUGAAAAAUAAUGUUUGAUUUCAAAGAUGGAUGGAAAUAGGCUUCUAAACGCUUAGGCUUUUUAAAAAAAAUAUUUUCAAUUUUCAGGAAUACGCCAUGGAUUCGUACGUAGCCGAUGUAACUUCAAGCCCAUCGCAUACCACUAUCAUCUUUACUUUGUCUGAAAAACCCGGUGCUUUGGCUCAGACUUUAAGAAUCUUCAAGGUAAAUUAUUAUGCAGCUUAAACUACGUAUUUUAACUUCCAUUUUUCAUUUUUUUCGAAAUUCGUAAAACUUCAAAAAAGCCAAUAAUUUUUGUGACAUUUCGUCUCAUUCAUAUUCGAGUUUUGGUAAAACUUUAUUUUGAACUCCAAUUUUGUGGGAUUAGUAAUAUAAGCCUAAAAUAUUUUUUAAAAUUACUUUUCUGAUAAUUGCGAUUAUAUUUUCUUAAUUUUUUAAAUUUAUUGAUAUUAUUCAGGACAAACGCGUAAACCUAACCCACAUUGAAUCUCGUCCAUCAAAGACCCGUGAAGGUUGUUAUGAGAUCCUGGUUGAGUGUGCUGAGAACUCGGACAAAUCUCGAAUCGAAGAGAUCAUCAAGGUGUUCAAGACUCACGCCGAGAACGUUCGAGUUCACGACUUCAACUCCCACAUUAAACAAAACAAGGAGUCAGUGCCUUGGUUCCCGGUUAAGAUCGCUGACAUUGAUCAGUUCGCCAACAGAAUCUUGAGUUACGGCAAUGAACUGGACUGUGAUCAUCCUGGAUUCAAGGAUCAGGAAUACAGAGAGAGAAGGAAGAUGUUUGCGGACAUUGCUUUCAGCUACAGAUUGUAGGUUUAUUUUUUAAUAAUUUGAAGUUUUUAGGUUUUUAUAGGUAUAGAAAUAUUUGUUUUGAUUUAAAAAUUUUGUGUUAGGGCAGAUUUUUAUUGCCAAUUCUAAAAGAGCACUGAUUUGCAUAUUUUUAGUUAACAAAAUCAGUAAACUUUAGUUUAAUGACAAUGUUUUACACGAAAACUGUCAAAAUAUGUAUGUUAUUAAAAGUACAUUGACUAAACCGUUAGAUUAUAAUAUAUUUUAAUUUAACCUAAUGUUAACCUUUAGGAGUGAAAAGAUCCCUCGAGUUGAAUACAGUGCUCAAGAGAUUGCCACCUGGAACUCUGUCUACACUGAACUUGUUGGUCUCUACAAAACUCAUGCUUGUCGUGAGUUCAACUACAUCUUCCCAUUGCUUCAACAAAAUUGUGGCUAUGGUCCUGAUAACAUCCCUCAACUUCAAGAUGUCUCCGACUUCUUGAAAGGUAGGCUUUAAUAUUCGAACUGCUAACAUAAUAUUGUGAUCACUUUUUUGACCUCACUGCAAUAUUAGAUCUUUUUGAUAUCAAUAAGUCUUUAACAGAGUUUAUAUUGUACAGAACAUAUACAUUGUCGAUUUGAAGCCACAAACAAUAUAAACUUACUUUUUUCAGAUUGCACUGGCUUCAUUAUUCGCCCAGUAGCCGGUUUAUUGAGUUCAAGAGACUUCUUGGCUGGUUUGGCUUUCCGAGUAUUUCAUUCAACCCAAUAUAUUCGUCAUCAUUCGGUGCCUAAAUAUACUCCAGAGCCGUGAGUUGUUUAUAUUUAAUAUAUUUCCAGUUAUUUUUGAAAUCAUUAUUAAAAAGUAUUUUUUGGUAUUAUUUAGGCCUAAAUUUAGGUAUCAAUUUACUAAAUUUUAAACGUAAACUGUGGCUUUUUGCUAUGAUAAUACUAAGAUUGAGAAUUGACGUCUAAUUUUGUUUUUUAUAAGUAUCAAUAUCUAUUUUGGUUGUUUUAUGAUAAACAUUUUCAGAGAUGUAUGUCACGAACUUUUGGGUCAUGCUCCAUUGUUGGCCGAUCCAGACUUUGCCCAAUUCUCACAAGAAAUUGGCUUGGCUUCAUUGGGAGCUAGCGAUGAUAUGAUCGAACAAUUGGCUACUGUAAGCUUCAUGACGAUAUUAUUUAGCAAAUUUUAUUGAAAAUUACGAAGAUUGUGACACUUUUAAUGCCUAAAAUUUGUGAUUAUAAUACUUUAAACAUACAAUUUUUACUCUUUCAAUCAAUUCAAACACAUAUGUUAAAAUUAAAAACUUAAUAAAAAUCAUUUCAGCUCUACUGGUUCACUGUAGAAUUUGGAGUAUGUAACCAAAGUGGAGAACUCAAGGCUUAUGGAGCUGGCUUGUUGAGUUCAUUUGGAGAACUACAGUAUGCAUUGAGUGACAAACCUCAAUUUUCUCCAUUUGACCCAGCUGCGACUUGUGUUACUAAGUAUCCCAUCACAGAGUACCAACCCAAGUACUUUAUUGCUGAAAGCUUUGCCGAUGCCAAGAAUAAGUUGACGUAAGUAUUAUAGUUAAAUUAGAAAUAUUUUAAAGUUUUGUACUAGUUCAAAAGGGUUUCUUUAGUAUAGACUUUAGUGAGAAGGUUUAUAUAGUUAGGGAAUGAUAAAAAUGGUUCAUGUUAUAAGUUACAGUGUAAUAAAAAUAAUUUUCAGUGCUUGGGCAUCCACUAUCAACAGACCUUUCCAAAUUCGCUACAAUCCCUACACUCAACGUGUCGAGAUUCUGGAUAGCGUACCAGCUGUUCAAAGUUUAGUCAAAGAUAUUAAAUGUAAGUGACUCACUUUAAAAAUAAUAUUAUUCAAUAUACGAUAGUCUUUAGUACCGUACCGUAACCCAAAAAUUUUGGUUUUUUUCAAAGUUACUUACUAUAAAAAUCGAAAAAUGAAAUUCUAGUAUUAAUUUACGUAGCUACUGUAACAUAAAGUAAAUAAAAAUUUUUUUCAGCUCAAAUGACCAAAUUGGAAGACGCUCUGAGCAAGAUCUGCAACGAGGACUAA